AUGGUGCAGACCAGAAUUGAAGAGAGAAUGGAACUCUUCGAACAAGAAAUAGCCGGAAUCAAGAAAGAACUGAUGAAGAUGCCGGCGAUCGAAUCAACGCUGAUCGAAAUAACAAAAAACAUGGAAAUGAUGCGACUACAGUCCGAAAAACAACAGCAAGCAAUUCUAUCAUACAUGGAAGCAAAUGCGAAAGAGAGAGCGAUGGCCGGAGAACGAAUAAACGAAUCGGAUAUUCAGAACUCACCGGCAACGAAAUCGAAGAAUGGCAAGGCGUCUUCCAGUCACGAUAUCGGGGAGACCAGUGCGGAAAGAAAAGCCGAUUCGGACGAAAACACUAAUGACCGAAGUAAAUUCAAGAAAGUUGAGAUGCCGGUAUUCACCGGAGAAGACCCGGAGUCGUGGUUAUUCCGAGCAGAAAGAUAUUUCCAGAUUCAUAAGUUGACGGAAUCGGAAAAAAUGCUGGUAUCGACGAUUUGCUUCGACGGACCAGCACUGAAUUGGUACCGAUCACAGGAAGAAAGAGAGAAAUUCGCGAGUUGGACGAAUCUGAAGGAAAGAUUGCUGGUACGCUUUCAAUCGACCAGAGAAGGCACUGUCUGCGGCCGAUUUUUGAGAAUCCAGCAAGAAACGACGGUGGAGGAGUAUCGGAACCGAUUCGAUAAAUUAGUCGCACCUCUAUCCGACUUAGAAGAUCGAGUUGUGGAAGAAACGUUUAUGACUGGCCUAUUUCCUUGGAUUAGAGCUGAAGUCAUUCUCUGCAAGUCAAAAGGAUUGGCAGAAAUGAUGCUCACUGCUCAACUGGUAGAAGAUAGAGAAAUCUUGAGAAAUGCGGCAAAUUUGAAUAGCUAUAUUGGCGGGAAACAAUCGGCGAUCACAUCAACAGGUAUGAAACACUCUUACUACCAGCAAAAUAAAGAAAGUAAGACCAAUGCUUCAUUUCCGAUAAGAACAAUUACAUUGAAAAGUCCAAAUCCUGGAGAAAUACGGAAGGAAGGAACCUCAAAAAGACUACCAGGUGCAGAAUUCCAAUUAAGAAAAGAAAAAGGGCUUUGUUUCAAAUGCAAUGAGAAGUACUCUGCUGAUCAUAAGUGUAAAAUGAAAGAACAGAGGGAGCUUAGAAUGUUUGUAGUGAAAAAUAACAAUGAGGAGUUAGAGAUCGUUGAAGAAACAGAAGCUGAAAACGCUGAGUUGAGAGUUGCAGAAGUACAGCCACACACGACAACUUACGUAGAGUUGUCAAUUAAUUCGGUGGUAGGAUUGAAUGAUCCGGGAACGAUGAAGGUCAAAGGAUCAUUACAAGGCAAGGAAGUUGUGAUAUUGAUUGACUGCGGUGCGACACAUAAUUUUGUGUCUGAAAAGAUAGUCACCUCAUUACAAUUACCAAUUAAAGAAACAGCCCAUUAUGGAGUAAUCCUCGGAUCCGGAACAGCGAUACAAGGGAAGGGGAUCUGUGAAUCAGUAGAAAUCCAAAUGAAGAACUGGACAGUAAAGGAAGAUUUUCUGCCACUAGAACUUGGAGGCGUCGAUGUGAUCCUUGGAAUGCAAUGGUUGUACUCAUUAGGAGUAACAAUAUGUGAUUGGAAAAACUUGACACUAACAUUCUAUGACAAUGAAAAGCAGAUUUGCAUAAAGGGAGAUCCAAGCCUCACUAAGGCAAGAGUAAGCUUGAAAAAUCUAGUGAAAACUUGGGAAGAACAUGAUCACGGCUACUUGAUUGAAUGCAGAUCCGUUGAAGUGGCUGAACUGAAAACCUCCCAUAAGGAAGAAAAGGAAGAAACAAAAAAAAACUGA